UGAGCUCCAACAAAACCAUUACUAAAGAAAUAUAAUCAUGAACAUUAUCUUUCCAAUAUCAUUAUUAACAACUUCCAUUUCAUAAUUACACAUAUAUAUUCCACCUACUCUCCUCUCCAAGCUUCUAUUCAAAUCCCAUUUGAGAAUCAACCAACACCACCUCAACACAAAAACAUAAUUAACAUGUCUUCAAGUUCCGGUACUAGUGCCACGCCUUACCCCAUCAAAACGAUUGUCGUUUUGGUUCAAGAAAACCGUUCCUUUGACCACAUGUUGGGAUGGAUGAAGUCCCUCAACCCGGAAAUUGACGGGGUCACCGGUUUGGAGUCAAACCAGGUUUCCACAUUCGAUCCAAACUCGAACCGGGUUUACUUCGGCGACCAGUCCGGGUUUGAAGAACCGGAUCCAGGUCACACGGUUGAGGAUGUCUACGAGCAAGUUUUUGGCGAGCCGUGGAGUGAAUCCUCGGCGGCAAAUAAACUGUCCCCGAGGAUGAAAGGUUUUGCCCAAAAUUCGGCAAAGCAAAAGAAGGGAUCAACGGCGGAAACGGUGAUGAAUGGCUAUAAACCGGAUUUAUUACCGGUUUACAAAGAGUUGGUUAAGGAAUUUGCUGUCUGUGAUAGGUGGUUUGCUUCGGUUCCCGGUCCGACCCAACCGAACCGGCUUUACGUGCACUCUGCGACGUCGCAUGGAUUGACCACACAGGACACGAAGAAACUUAUUGGAGGCUUGCCACAGAAGACUAUAUUCGAUUCUUUGGACGAAAAUGGGUUCAGCUUUGGAAUAUAUUAUCAGUACCCGCCAUCCACUCUUUUUUUUAGAAAUCUUAGGAAAUUGAAAUACAUAGACAACUUUCAUCAAUUCGAUUUAAAGUUCAAGAAACAGUGCAAAGAAGGGAAACUGCCAAACUACGUGGUGAUUGAGCAAAGAUACUUUGACUUGUUAUCACUGCCAGCGAACGAUGACCAUCCAUCCCAUGAUGUUGCUGAGGGGCAAAAAUUUGUGAAAGAAGUGUAUGAGGCACUAAGAGCUAGUCCCCAGUGGAAUGAAAUGUUGUUUGUGAUUAUAUACGAUGAGCAUGGCGGGUUUUAUGAUCACGUGCCAACCCCUGUGGAUGGAGUGCCUAGCCCAGAUGACAUUGCUGGUCCUGAACCAUUCAAGUUUCAGUUUGAUAGACUUGGUGUUAGGGUUCCUACCAUCAUUAUUUCUCCAUGGAUCGAGGCAGGAAAAGUGUUGCACGAACCUUCGGGGCCAUUCCCAACAUCACAGUAUGAGCAUUCAUCAAUACCAGCAACUGUUAAGAAAAUAUUCAAUCUACCUCAGUUUUUGACAAAGCGAGACGCAUGGGCUGGAACACUCGAAGAUCUCUUAUCUCUAAGCACCCCACGUACUGAUUGUCCAGUGAAAUUGCCUGACCCCGUCAAACUGCGAGAGGCUGCUUCCGCGGAACAACAAACGCAAUUGAGUGAAUUUCAAGAAGAUUUGAUAUAUAUGGCAGCAACUCUAAAUGGGGAUCAUAAUAAGAGUAUAUACCACAAGCUAACUGAGAACUUAACUGUUUCGGAGGCAGUGAAAUACUGUGAAGAUGCAUUUGGAACAUUCUUGAAUGAGUGUGAGAAAGCAAAGAAAAGUAAUAGAAUUGAUGGAUCUGAAAUUGUUUAUUGUGCUAGACCGCAUACGGCACCACAAUCCAAAAAUUUCUGGCACAAGAUGCUGUCAUGUAUAUUAUGUAAUUGAUAGUUAAAUAUAUUUUGGCUAAAUAUGUUUGAGAUCAUGAUAUAUAUCUUAUUUUUAUUUUAAAUUUCUAAUAGAUAUUUUUGCUA